AUGUCCGACUCUGCUCAACUAUCUGAUUUCGAUCCCGCGAUGGACCGCGGCCCCACGAACUUCCUCUGUCUGCCAGCCGAAAUUCGAAACGCCAUCUACGAAUUCACUCUACUAAAUUCUCGUCGUGUCAGAAUCAUUACCGGACUCUUUACCAUCAACGUUUCUUCCUCCGUCAGAUUGGCCCUUGGCAUCCUCGAAAGCAUCUCGACAAGUUGCACUGGAUUGAGUACGCUUAGGACAUCUCUGGGUACCACAGCCUACAUGGAAAGUAGGCUCUGCGAUCUAUUCGACGGCAACCGUGCCACUGAGGCCCUGCAGCUUGCCAACACUCACUUUCGGGCUUUCCCAUCACGACCAGAGAUCAUUCUUGAAGUAUACGAGGAUGCACCUAGUGCCUUUCUCAGAGCAUCCCAUCAGGGUUAUAAGCUGGGCAAGCUAACUGACAAGUCGGAUUUCGAUGUUUCGUUGGAUGUACUAGAAGAAGAAGAAGUGGGCUGUUAA